ACAUUUUCGGAACUUUGAAGACCAAAACCCUAAAAAGAAAAUAGUGUCAUUGCAUUUUAUGAUAGCCAAAACUACCCGGAUUUUAAUAAGGGAUAUAAUUAUACUGAAAAUGUAUACAUACUGUGGAUUUAAUAAAUUGUGCUCAUUUUUUUUCAUACAGAGUAUUUUUAAACCUGGAAAAUGAUCAAACACACGCAAUAUACACACGUGAUAUAAAACACGUUAUUAGGAAAUACUUGUGUAUAAGUGUACAUUUGUUUUAUGUUUUAACGAUUAUAUUGGUGGAUAGAUACUUUAGAUAGACCGCAAUCAGAAGAACAUUAAUCUGAUGUGACUGAGGAUUUAAAAGGAAUCCAAAUAUUUGUACCAUACAGUGCUGCAAAAAGUAAAACAAAUAGCUCAAGCCUGACAAUGGCGUCUAGUAGCUGCGCGAAAUGUAAACAGCUGUGUCACAAGCCACUACAACUUCCGGAAUGUGGUCAUGUGUUUUGUAAAAGAUGCUUAAGUGAUUAUUUCAGCACGCUUAGUUCUUGGACGGACGAACCGGACUACUUUUCUUGCCCUGAAUGCGGUAGCAAGGUAAGCAAGCCGGACUUACCUAUUGCUAAGUGGACAAAGGCAUUUAAAAUGUGUAACAGGACGACAUUUUGGACACAGGAUUCUGAUGAAUUACGGAAACAAGAGGGUAUUGAAACGGGAAGUGAUUUCGUUCAGUCGUUUACAUCUCCAAAUAGCACAAAUACGUCGAGAAAAGCGAAAGGCUCAACAUUUUAUUCAAAUGAUUCUCACGAACAAACAAAACAAGCAAAAUUGAGCAAAGUAAAAGGGUCCAAGUUUUACACAAAUGGUUCUCACGAACAAUCAAAACAGGAGGAGACAGACACCGGAAGUGACUUUGUUAAAUUCAGGAAAACGUCCAGUGGAAUGUCUAGGAGUUUGCACAGAACAGCCAUCAGAUUAUCAAAAGAACCCUUUGAGAAGGGUUUCGAAAGUAAGAUAAGUUCUGACGAAAGGGACUGCCUUUAUUUCGGUGGGGACAUUAUGCCGAACGGUGACCUCAUCUUGUGUGACUGGUUAAACUUCUCAGUCAAGUUGUUUGAACCUUCAGGGCAAUUUAUUUGCAAAAUUAGGCUGGAUGAAGCGCCGUUGGAUGUUACAGCAGUACGAGAUGACAUGAUUAUAGUUAGUUUUGGAAGCAGAUCAACGAUUGUGCUGUUCUUGGCAUACAUGGCAUCGCGUAAAGAUUUGAAUAUACUGGGUUGUAACAAACUUCCGGGAUUUCUGUACAGCACAACAAUGCAUGAUGGUAACUGUUUGGGUAUAUUUGAGCGGGAUGGUAGUAAGCAAGCUUCAGUUGUCCAGGUAGCUAUUGACAGAAAAGGAGUAAAAUCGGGAUCUGCGAGACGGACUGUUACAGAUUUUAUAACUCCUCACAAAAACAUUGAACUAUCAUCCGAAAGUGGUAUUUUUUACGACCACACCGGUGGAAGACUGUAUGUCACGAGCAGACGUAAGCUCCUAUGCUUUCGAAAAGACAGAAGACUUAUAUUCAGAGAGAGCUUUGAAAAAACGGCGGCGGAAAUGUACAUUCUAGGAUCAGUAACAUGUGACAAGAAAGGUGUGGUUUAUAUAGCAUCAGAUCAAUGCGUCUUGCGAGUCACAAAAGAUGGCGAUCUUAUAUCAGUCGUGCACUCUCCGGCAGAACCCUAUCAUAUUCUAGUCACCAAAGAUCAACUUAAACUGGCUUUAAUCGGAAAGCAAAGUGAAGUUAUGUACAACAGUAUUGAAAAAGGGACAUGAAUAUACAGCUAGUGGGCCUGUUAAAAACUAUCGACUAAUUAAGUAUUUUACAAUGCGAUUUAGGCAUUGUCCUUUUUACGGAAAGUUAUACAAGCGUUUGAGCUACUUGACGUCGGGAGAAUUCCGAAUUGCCUAUUACGGACACGUAAAUUGCCGAGUGCCCUUAAUGUACCUUAUGUAAAUCGGACUGGCCGGCCUGUGAUACUCUUCGAAAAGGUUAUCAAAACUGGAACACUAAUAUUGCACAUAUCAAUAAAUUACACAGUUACACGUGCUAAAAUAAACAUUUGAAAAAUGCGGUCUCCCCGAAACAUUGAACAAACAGGAGUCAGGUCGCCGUAGACUAGUUACGGUGAGAAGGGAAGCUCAAUAAUUUUUGCCAUAAGUUUGCGUGUGAUACUGCACAUGCAUGACAGAAGUGCUGACAUACUUAGCACGUGCAGCUGCUAGCCUGUCUGUCGUGUCUUUAUUCGUAAACUGUUCACGUGCACCAGUUGUAAAAUAUGCGUACAUGCAAACAUGUAAAAAGAUUUAGAUCAUAUGCGGCAGAAGGUUCUUGGAAAAAUGAAUUUACUUCCGUCAUUAGUUUAUGAAGAACAUUUAUGACCGAUCAAUUAAAUCUUUUUCAUUAACCAUUAGUGAUAUUAAUGUUGUAUACGUAACGUUUCUUUCAUGUGAAGUGAGACUUCUAAGUUAUCUCUACAUUAUUUUCUUGGUACAGGAACAAACACUUACAUGAUUACAUGUUUCGUUGUA